CUCAUCUCCUACGUUAUUCUCCGUCCCUUGUGUGACUCCUCUUUCACACCAGUCCAGGUUCCUUAUCGGAGUGCCUCUUCCUUCAAAGACCCGUAUUGGAAGUUUUCCAGCCACUCAAUUGCAAGUUUGCGCUAUACACAAGCUCUGACUUGCCAGUGCUCUUACGCGGCAACUAUCAGCCGACCCCGGAACCUCGUUUAACACACUUGACUAUUUUAUAUACACCGGAAUGUCCUCCUCAGAUGAGGAUGUGGUCCGCCGCCCCGGGCGAGGUGCAGCAGCCGAUCGACCGGGAAGCCCGUCGGGAAGCGAGCUCGGCUCAGAUGCGGGCAACAUGAACAAUUACGACGACGCAGAUCUCUUCGGCUCCGAUGCUUCAGACGGAGGUUUCGGCGAUGAUAAUGAACCACCCCAACGGACACUCGACGACGAGGAGCUCGACUCGGGGGAUGAUGUGGACCGCUACGAUCGCGCCGGCGAGCGCAUGGACUACGAAGAUGGGGCCGAAGAACAGUUCCAGGAAACUGUGAACAUCAUGGAUAUGACACUGAGUCGCGCACCGGAGCCCUUGACUUCGAACGGCGAGAUAUACACAAUGCCUGUCCCCCCUUUCCUCUCGGUGGAAACCGAAGAGUUCAACCCAGAAACCUAUGUUGCGCCUCCCUUCACAACCGCCGCCACCUCUCUUUGCUGGAGGCACGACCCCCAGGACGAAUCCCUCCUUCAAUCCAAUGCUCGCAUCAUCCGCUGGGAGGACGGGUCCAUGACGCUGCAACUUGCUUCGGCACCGAAGGAGCAGUACCGCAUCUCCACGAAACCGCUGGCGCCGCUCAACAAAGCCGGCGAGUACGAUGUCAAGCUGGAUUCGCACGUCUACCUCGGUGCCGCCGCGGAGGCUUCCUCCGUCUUCCGGCUCACCUCCCACCUCACCCACGGCCUCACAGUGUACCCCACGACAAUGGAGACGGAUGAUGCGGUGCAGCGGCUCCAGGAGUCGCUGGCUGCGGCCGCCCGCAGCGGCAAGAAGACGCUGGACGGAUCGGCGCCCGUCAUCGAGGUCAAGGAAGAUCCCGAGCUGGCCAAGCGCCAGGCCGAGAUGGCCGAGCGCGAGAAGCUCAAGGCGGCGCGUCGGCGCCAGCAGCUCGCAGACCGUGAGCUGGACCGUGGCCGGCGGGCUGGGUUCGGCCACCGCACCGGAGGCGGCGGUCUCACCGUGGGCGGCCUGGAGGAUGACGAUGGUUUGAUGACGACGAGACCUCGCGCCAAGAAGGCGCGCAAGCCGAACCGUCGGGGCGAGAUCUACACGGACGACGAGGAGGACUACGACCGCCGCGGACGCACCCGCGAGGACGAGUACGACGAAGACGACGGAUUCCUGGUCGGAAGCGACGAGGAGCCCGAGAUUGUGGACGAUGACGACGACGAGGAUAUCCUCGAGGAUGAGGACAUGGACGCCGAAGGCGAGGACGACGAUGCCCCGCCCGCCAGACCCCGUCACAAACGUCCGUCGCCCGACGCCAGCGCGAAUACACCUCCAGCUCGGAAGAAGAACCGGUAUAUUGUGGAUGAUGAUGACGAGGAGUAAUGGGUUUCCAAGUUACUCACCGUUCUGACGUUGCUGUCUUCUUGCAUCUUGCCUACGGCCACCCCGUACAUUUGCUUUCAUAUGCUAAUGACUUGUGUAACUAUUAUAUCAUAUCUCUCUGGAUACUUCAUCGGCGCACGGCUGGUCAUAUUCGCCUGGGAAUCUUCCGUGCUUUUCUUUUCUAACUUAGCAUUACCGGACAAUAAAAGAAAGUUG